AUGGUAAACUUACUUGGCGUGUAUGUGAGGUCGGACAACAGCAAGCGUAGCGCCUUACCAGAACGCCCACUAAAAUCCAGUAAUCUACAGUUUUAUCAACUUUUCGAUAUAAGUCGAACUAUGCUGAAAAGUUAUUCCGAAGUCCGGAAGAUGAGCAACGGACGUCGCGUCAGUAGACCGACUGAGCGACGCGAGGUCGCUUCCCGCCGAGUGCGCCGCGCCGGUGGGCGGGUCUUAAAACCACGCGCCGCCUCGCCCCGCCCACUCGGAGACACGCCCACC